CUUCCAUUCAUCUCAAGCUUGGGUGCAGCAGCGUCAACACAACACACCAAUACGAUGGACGACUUAUCGAAUCUUGAGCUGCUGUCCCUCGUCUCGAAGGUGUCCUCAGAGUUGAAGAAUCAUAUGAACUUAGAGGACAAGACUGUCGCUGAAUUUCUCAUCGAUAAACGAACCAAAUGCAGCAACUUCGAGGAUUUCCGCGAUGAUCUAGCAAAGGCUCUCCCCUCGAUUCCUCUCAGUCUCAUCGAGAGUAUCGAUCGUUUAGUGCUUGCUCUACACCCACAGUUUAAAGGUAAAAAGGCCAACCACGAAGAGCACCAUUCGAGGACCCUAGAAGAGAAGGAAAAGGUCUUCAGUGGGCUCGCACUGCCGGAUAAGGAGCCUGCGCGUGACGAUGGAUCGGGCGCAUUCGACGACACACUGGCGCUGUUAGAAGGUCUAGAGGGGAAGGCGAAAAAAGAGAAGUCCACGAGAAAACGAAGUCGAAGCCCCCGCGAGGCUGAUUACAAAGAGUCAAGGAGGAGAAAAAGGUCGCGCUCGAGAGAACGACGAAAACGAGAUAAAUAUCGAUCGCGGUCACGGUCGCAUGAGCGAGGCGACGAAGAUUGGCGUGAUGGGUACCGCGAUUCGCGCAAAGAUCGACGAGGGCGUCGGCGACACGACGACGACGACGACCGAUUUCGCAAUGCUCCAGCUCCUGAGGUUGAUGAUUCGCCGCAGCUGCACAAGGUCUACGAGGGACAUGUUACAGGCCUCAAAGAGUUCGGUGCCUUCAUCAAUUUGCACAAUGUAAGAGGCAGAGUCGAUGGCCUCGUACACGUUUCGCGAAUGUCUGCUGGACAGCGCGUCAACCACCCGUCGGAUUUGGUGUCGCAUGGACAAAAGGUCUGGGUCAAGGUGACAAGUCUCGAUAAGGAUCAGAAUGGCCGCGAUCGUGUGGGCUUGUCAAUGAAAGAUGUUGAUCAGUCGACUGGGGAGGACCUAGAACCACAAGCUCGAAUGACAACUGGUGCCAAUAUGGAAGCUUUGGGAGGAGGAGGAGGUGGUGGUCUAAGGGACGGGUUUGCGGAACCAACCGGCAUGCCUCGAGAUAGCUUGGGCCCUCCACGACGACAGAAGAAGAGAAUGACUUCUCCCGAAAGGUGGGAGAUUAGACAAUUGAUCGCAUCGGGAGUGGCCAAGGCUUCGGAUUACCCUGACCUGGAAGAAGACUACAACGCGACUCUCCGCGGAGAUGGCGAGCUUGAGCUUGAAGAGGAUGUCGAUAUUGAGGUUCGUGAGGAGGAACCGCCGUUCUUGGCCGGCCAGACCAAGCAGUCCCUUGAAUUAUCACCUAUCCGCGUUGUCAAGGCCCCAGAAGGCUCUAUGAAUCGAGCAGCUAUGUCUGGUACUGCCUUGGCGAAGGAACGCAAAGAACUCAAGCAACAAGAAGCCGAUGCAGCUGCGAAGGACGAGCCCAAAGAGAACCUAUCCUCUCAAUGGCAAGAUCCUAUGGCUGAUCCCGAUAAGAGGAAGUUUGCUAGCGAUUUGAGGAAUGCCAGGAAGAAUCAGCCUUCUGAAGACGUUCCCGAAUGGAAGAAGGCAGUCAUUCCAAAGGGACAGUCUCUGGGCAAGCGCACCAAUUUGAGCAUCAAGGAACAACGAGAGUCGCUUCCUGUAUAUGCAUUCCGAGAGCAACUGAUCAAGGCUGUUCACGAGAACCAGAUCUUGAUUGUAGUCGGAGAAACAGGAUCAGGAAAGACGACUCAGUUAACACAAUACCUCGCUGAAGCUGGCUUUGCCAAUGAUGGUAUCAUUGGCUGUACGCAACCUCGUCGUGUGGCUGCCAUGUCCGUCGCCAAGCGAGUAGCGGAAGAAGUCGGCUGUAAGCUUGGUGAAGAGGUCGGGUAUACGAUUCGAUUCGAAGACUGCACUAGUCCUUCGACGAAGAUCAAGUACAUGACUGAUGGUAUGCUUCAACGUGAGAUUCUGGUAGAUCCCGAUAUGUCGCGAUACUCCUGUAUCAUGCUUGAUGAAGCUCACGAACGUACCAUUGCCACUGAUGUGCUGUUUGCCCUGCUAAAGAAGGCGCUCAAGCGACGCCCCGAUAUGAAAGUCAUUGUCACUUCAGCUACUCUCGAUGCAGAUAAAUUUUCUGCGUAUUUCAACGAAUGUCCCAUUUUCACCAUUCCAGGUCGAACGUACCCUGUCGAAAUCCUCUACUCGAAGGAACCCGAGUCCGAUUACUUGGACACUGCUCUUGUCACAGUCAUGCAGAUCCAUAUUACCGAGCCCAAGGGCGACAUUCUUCUUUUCUUAACAGGCCAAGAAGAAAUUGACACGGCAUGCGAAGUCUUGUAUGAGAGAAUGAAAGCUUUAGGGCCUAAUGUGCCAGACCUUAUCAUUCUUCCCGUCUAUGCUUCACUUCCGACGGAAAUGCAAAGUCGAAUCUUCGAUCCUGCACCCCCUGGCAGCCGUAAGGUUGUCAUCGCCACCAAUAUUGCAGAGACUUCCAUUACCAUCGACGAGAUUUACUAUGUCGUUGACCCGGGCUUCGUGAAGCAGAACGCUUACGACCCCAAGUUGGGUAUGGACUCUCUCGUCGUCACACCAAUUUCUCAGGCCCAGGCAAACCAAAGAGCUGGAAGAGCCGGACGAACUGGACCCGGAAAGUGUUUCCGUUUAUACACCGAGGCAGCUUACCAGUCUGAAAUGUUGCCGACUAGUAUCCCCGAAAUCCAACGACAGAACUUGUCCACAACAAUCCUCAUGCUCAAGGCAAUGGGCAUUAACGACUUGCUUCACUUUGACUUCAUGGACCCGCCCCCUAUCAACACCAUGCUUACAGCACUGGAGGAGCUAUAUGCCCUCAGCGCCCUCGACGAUGAAGGUCUACUUACUCGACUGGGGCGGAAGAUGGCUGAUUUCCCUAUGGAACCUUCUCUUGCCAAGGUGCUUAUCGCAGCCGUUGAUCUAGAAUGUGCAGACGAAGUCCUCAGCAUCGUGUCCAUGCUUAACAUUCCCACUGUCUUUUACCGCCCCAAAGAGAAGCAGUCUCAAGCAGACCAAAAGAAGGCCAAGUUCCACGAUCCCCAUGGCGACCACCUAACCUUCCUCAACGUCUACAACUCGUGGAAGCAGAGCGGCUACUCAGCACCCUGGUGUUUCGAGAACUUCAUCCAAGCGCGUUCCAUGCGUCGCGCAAAGGACGUCCGCGACCAGAUCGUCAAGAUCAUGGACCGCUACAAACACUCCAUCAAGUCCUGCGGCCGCGACACCGAAAAGGUCCGCAGGGCCCUCUGCGCAGGCUUCUUCCGCAACGCAGCCCGCAAAGAUCCCCAGGAAGGUUACAAGACCCUUAUCGAGGGCACCCCCGUGUAUCUGCACCCGAGCUCCGCGCUCUUCGGCAAACAGGCCGAGUGGGUCAUCUACCACGAACUCAUCCUCACGAGCAAGGAGUACAUGCACUGCACCACGAGCAUCGAGCCCAAGUGGCUCGUCGAAGCCGCCCCGACGUUCUUCAAGGUUGCGCCGACGGAUAAGCUGAGCAAGAGGAAGAAGGCGGAGAGGAUCCAGCCGCUGUAUAAUAAAUUUGCUACGGAGGACGAUUGGAGGUUGAGUGCGCAAAGGAAGGGCGGAAGAGGAGGUGGCGGUGGUGGAACCUGGGGUUAAUGUCAUUUUAUAUACAAAUACUAGAAUGGGCGUUGGGGAGGCAUAUUACGGUUUUAAGAUUGAGACUUGCAUCUUGAGUGAAUCACGCUACAGGGAAAAGGGAGUGCCCAGAGAAAGGGCGGAAGAGGAGGCAAUGAUGGUAGAUUGGGUGAACUUAAUGUUAUUAUAUGUUAGAAGUGUCAAGUCAUAGCACACUACAAGACAAAGAAGGACUGGUCUAAAGUUGCGAUUUCAACCCUAAAUUGCAGAAAAUUGGAUGAA